UGCAUCAAAAAGAAAUACCUCAAACAAGAAAUAAAAAAAACUGAAGUAAUUCAGUUUUUUUGGUGUAUCUGUGAUGUUCAUUCAGAGCAAAAUUUAUUAUGGAAGGAGUAGGACACAGUUCCUUGAAGUUGUCUUUUGGCAUCCAACUGAAGUUGAGGAGGCUGCCAAACCUGGUAGUAAGUACAGGCUGGUGAAAUGAUGUGGCACUAAGAACUAAAAGUAGAACAGUAGGGCUUGGGCAGUCUGCCGAUCUUCUCUAGAAUACAAGAAUAUUCUUCGGCCUGUAUCUAAUCUCCAUACUAUUACUCUUUUUGCUUACGUUCCUCUCCCCAUUUAUUUUACAUGUUUUUGAAGAAGAGAUGUAAUAACAAGAGGUAUUACAAGUCUUUGUUUUCAGAGAGGGAGUGGUCUUUUGGUCUCUGUUGGGUUUUUUGUUUGCUUGGGUGGUUGUUUUGUUUUUGACAUAGUUCUGAAAGGUUUUUGAAAGCAUUGUUGAGAGUUUAAAGACAAAACUGGUUGCAAAGGUACUCAGUUAUAAGAAGUUGGCUGGUUGCUUACUUGUUAUAAGUCAGCUAGCAAAGCAUGGAUUGAGGAUGUGUUCCUGUCUAAGAAAAUACAUGGUGAUGCUAUCAUAUAUAUCCAUCAUGUGUGAGAAAAGUGACCUGCAAAGAGCAAAUUCUGCGAGCUUGUCCAGGCUCUGCAGACAGCUGGCAAGGCAGCUUUGCUGCUGUCAGUCCUGCACGUGUGUGUGGGCAGCAGGCUUGGGGCAGCGAGUGAACUUGUGCUGCCUCCAGCAUGGCUGUGUCCCAUGGGCUGGGAGUUCACUGGGAGCUGCCCAUCACCUUCUGAAGGCCCUGCUUGCCCUUGGGUCUCCCCAGCUGGCAGCCUUUCCUUCGUUUUUAGAAGCAUUGCUCAGAUGUCCUCAGGCAAUGCUUCAACUUCUGGGAUUCUCACUUCCAAAACCUUCGUGGCUGUUUUGGGCUCCCCAGCCUGAUCUGUGCUUGAUUCAAAGAAGUUUUGAUGGCAUGACCCAAGAGCUGAAACUGCAGCAUACUGCAGCAUUUUAAUGAGAUUGCCAAACCCACCUCAGUUUGAAGACAGCUUUAGAAAUAGAGAUCUACUGCAAGCUAGGCUUGCAUUUCUGGUACUGGAUUUGGAUUUUAAAGUACCACUGUCAUAUGAUUUUUUGAAGUUCAUUGUGUGUCAUCUGAAAUCUUGCUUAAAAGAGUUGUCUAGUUGUAUUCUUGCUUUGAAAUCUGUAGAACUAUAGAUAGAUAGCUGUCAUUUCCAGACAUGGCAAGAUUACUCCAGUUCAUUGUUGUCAGUAGCUAUUGUGUGCAGUCAGGAUGUCCUGGGGAAAGAGAGUGCGUGGUUUAAAGUUGACGUUAAGUACAUCAGCAUUCCAGUGGUGGUAAGCUAGAAAAAAGCUGGUGGUGUUCUACUGACUGAAUUACUAAGAGAUUAGACUAACCUGUUUUGGGAGAAGUGAAAAGAAGUAAAUCUGAAAAAUUUGAGAUUUGUUAUCCCUUUUGUGAUGGAUCCUGAAAAGAAAGGAUUUCUCUGGCAUAUAAAGUGUAAAGCUUAACAAAACUCUUCCUGGAACAGGAAGGCAGAGUGAAACAGACGGCAUUUCUUUAGGGAAAGGCUCUCUAUAUUAAUGUCUUGUUAGCUAAGUGAAAGAAGUGCUCUCUCUCCGAAGACACUGCGGCUAAUGGAUAUACAAAUGUUUCCAUGCGGUGAACUUCAAAGAAGUUAAUGAAGAAAAUAAGAGAGAACUCUUCAGUGAAAUAUUUUCUUCCAUUGAAACAUUGGCAUUCACCUUUGGAAACAUUGUUUCAGACUUCCUUAUGGGAGAUGUAGACAAUGGCUCGUCAUUGGGACUUCCUGUAUCUCGGAGAAGUCGGUCUUUUGAGAAUCUUUCUGUGGAGUCUGGGGGUUCACUGCAUGAAAGGGAUGAUAUUCCAGGACAUCUUCGAGCAGAGGAGGUUGAUAGCAUGCUCCUAAGAAAUGACAGUGGAAUUGAGUCGGCUCUGUCCUAUGCUAAAGCAUGGUCAAAAUAUACCAAGGAUGUAGUCGCAUGGGUAGAAAAAAAGCUUAGCUUGGAAGUGGAGUGUGCUAAAAACUUAGCAAAAAUGGCUGAAACUGCUAAAGCUGUUGUUGGACACCAGGAUUAUAUGCCAUUCCAGUCAAUAUUCAUUAAUGCUUUUCAAAAUGAUAUUGAGAACAGUCAACUUUGGCAACAAACAGCUGCUGCUCUCCAGUCUAACAAGUUUGUGCAGCCUCUUCUUGGAAGGAAAAAUGAGUUGGAUAGACAAAGGAAAGAUAUCAAGGACCUUUGGCAGCGAGAACAGAAAAAAAUGCAAGAGCUGGAAGCUGCUCUUAGAAAAGCCAAAUUGCUGUAUACACAGCGUCAGGAUGAGUAUGAAAAGGCAAAAUCCUGUACUGCUCGUGCUGAGGAGGAACAGCUUAGCUCAAGUGGAAGCUUUGUGAAAGAUUUCAGCAAGCAACUUGAGAAAAAACGAAGGCUAGAAGAGGAAGCUCUUCAAAAGGCCGAAGAAGCCAAUGAACACUAUAAAGCAAGCAUGGCAGAGGUUGAAGAAAAAAGAAAUUAUUUGGAAAGCUUUAAAAGUGAUGUUUUAACACAGCUUCGGGAGCUUAUUUACCAGUGUGAUCUUACUCUUAAAGCUGCAACAGUUAACCUGUUCCAGCUGCAGCAUGCUCAGGUUGUAUCUCUGCCAGUUAACUGCCAGUCCCUCUGUGAGAGUGCCAAACUCUAUGACCCUGGUCAGCAGUAUUCAGAGUUUGUGAAAAGUUUGCCAAAGGAUGGUGUUCCUGUUGAAUCAGGUUGUUUUGAAACCCAGAAUUCCCAGGUUGAUGGGGUUUUUAAUAAGCAAUCAACAAACAGUGUCCAUACAUCCCAUGGUAACUUAUCUCAGUGUUCAGGAGAUUUUCCUGCUCAGACAUUAGAUGAUGUGGGAAGCCCAGUUUAUCAUCGUUCACAAAAGGUUAGAGAGAAGAGAUCUUCCAGCAACACAGAUAUUCCAGCAGUGCGAGGGCCACCACCGUUCAGAUCGUGGUCAGUUGGCAACCAGAGUGGAGGAAUGUGCAGUGACUCUGAGAGUGCAGGGGGGAGCAGUGAGUCCCGAUCCAUGGAUUCUCCAUCUGCCAGCCCAGGGGAUUUUAAAAGACGACUUCCCCGAACACCUUCCACUGGGACUAUGUCAUCUGCAGAUGAUCUUGAUGAAAGAGAGCCACCAUCUCCUUCAGACUGUGGUUUAAAUGAUCUCACAUCUGAAACUGCAAAUUCUCCAGGACCUUUUAGAAAUGCUAAUAUGUCCAAAGCAGCACAAACACACAAACUACGGAAGCUGAGAGCUCCAUCUAAAUGCAGAGAAUGUGACGGCCUAGUAGUAUUUCAUGGAGCUGAAUGUGAGGAGUGUUCUCUUGCAUGCCAUAAAAAAUGUUUAGAGACUUUAGCUAUUCAAUGUGGGCACAAAAAACUUCAUGGAAGGCUUCACUUAUUUGGAGUGGAAUUUGCCCAAGCUGCUAAAAGUUUUCCUGAUGGCAUUCCUUUCAUCAUCAAAAAGUGUACAUCAGAAAUUGAAAGCAGAGCACUGAAUGUCAAGGGCAUCUAUCGUGUGAAUGGAGCCAAAUCAAGAGUUGAAAAGCUUUGUCAAGCUUUUGAAAAUGGAAAGGAUUUGGUCGAGCUCUCAGAACUCUAUGCACAUGACAUCAGCAAUGUUCUCAAGCUGUAUCUCCGCCAGCUUCCAGAGCCCUUGAUUUUGUUUCGGCUUUACAAUGAGUUCAUUGGACUUGCAAAAGAAAGUCAGAAUGCUAAUGAGGAGUUGGAUGCUAAACAAGCUAGCCCCAAAGCAAAGACAAGACAGUCACUCUGUAUUGAACUGAAUAGAAUCAUCAUUAAAAUUAAAGAUCUUCUGAAACAACUGCCUGUACCAAACUAUAACACUCUUCAGUACCUUAUUGGACACCUUCACAGAGUUACAGAACAGUGCGAUGAAAAUAAAAUGUCAGCCAGCAACCUUGGCAUAAUAUUUGGCCCAACUCUGAUCAGACCACGUCAAACUGAUGCUACAGUUUCUUUGUCAUCACUUGUGGACUACCCUUAUCAGGCCCGGGUAGUGGAGCUGCUCAUAACAUACUAUGAAAAGAUAUUUGAUGUCUCAUUGAAACCACUUCUGAGUGCUUCUCAUGCUGAAGAAACAGCUGGUACGGUCAGAGUUGCAUUAUCAGCAGAUGAGAGGGAGCCGCAGCAGCAGAGGAAAUCAUUUGUUUCUGUAAAGGAACAGGGUAUGCAAAUAGUUCCAUGUGAAAGAGCUUCAGAAACAGCUGCACUCUUUUUGGAAUCGAAGAAUAGCAAGAAUACAAAAGAAGAAGCAGAUAAAUCUGUAACUGGUGAUGUUGCGAGUCCAGCUUCAGAGAAAGACAAUGAUCCAUUCAUUUCUGUAGGUGAAGACCCCUGUCAAAUGAACUUAGUUGCCGUAAAACCCAACCGUCAGAUGGGCAAAGUUCCGCUGCGGGCUCCAAGGACAAAGGCAGCAUCUCGCCCGGUCAGCCUGCCUGUGGACAGAAUACUGCCUCCCUGUGUUUUGAAUGAAAGGAAUUCACGAAAUGCAGGGGCAAUAAGUUCAGAGAAGUUGGGCAGAAGCCCCACUAUUGAAGAAGUCUCAGAGGUGAAGGCAGUCCCUGCUGUUGAUACCUGCUGCAGACUGCCUUGUUAUGACAGCCAGAUGCUGCGAAAAACUUGGGACAAGCAGUACAAACAGUAUGAUAUCACAGCAAGGACAGCAAUGAUCGUGACUAAUGUGCCCCUGGAGAUCCGAGCACUCGAGAGUGGAACUGUAGGUGCUUUAUCAUCAUCAAGCAGCCUUGGUAACAAUCCAGCUAAAGCCAUUCUUCCUAAUAAGCCAUAUUCUGUUGUUGGGUCAGGAAGGACAGCAGCAGAAGAGAAUGGUCCUGAUGUUAAUCCUCUUGCUGCCUUUAGGCCACCAAGAACAUUGCAACCACCCCCAGGGACAUUUUAUAAACCACCCUCUAACAAAUCAAAAGAGAAUGGAGAUGGUUCUUCUGCUAAAGCUUGUGCACCCACCAGUGCUAGCUCUGUGCUCCCCCAGGAUAAUACUGUGAAACUGGCUAAGAGCUCUGCACUUCUGUCAGGUGAUGAACAAAACACAAAUGAACAGAAAUCUAGCUCAGAGGAUAGUCACUCCACAGAUCUGAAGCCUGCUUACCAUAGACUGAGACCAAAAAGGAUCCAAGAACUGGAACACAGGGAAGCUCAUUUUGUAUAGGGUGCAAAUUCCUCUUGUACUAUAUGCAAUUUCUUGAUGUUGCCCAGUGGAGGCUUCCCCUUGCCCCUUUAUCCUUUGCCUUCCCUUGAGAAUCCCACUUUUGUGCCAUAUUGGAGUUAUUUUUAUAUAUGCAGCAUUUUAAAAAUGGGGGGAGGCCUGGGGAACUGUGAAUGAAAUAAGUCAAACCUUUUGUAGUUCAGUAGCUUUCAAUAAAGAUGUAAUACAUUCCCAGUCUAGACACAUGGGUUCAUUGAAUAAGACCUUGAGCUUCAUUUCAUUGUGUGGAAUGGAGUGCUUAUUCAUAGAGAAACAGCUAUUUUUCUGAAUAGAUGUUAUAAUAAAAAUGGAAGGUUUAAUGUUCACUGUCUAAGCAUAAACCAAAGCUUGUGCUUUGCUCUGUAAAAGCAUUUGUUUAUUUUUCUAAUCUGUGCAAUUAAAGCUUUGCUCUUGAACAGGCUUACAUACUGGCCAGCAUGGCUAUAGUUAUGUAUCAUAUGUAUAUAUUUUAGGCAGACAUGGUUAUCUGUUGCCAGUUUUCUAUGUUGUCACUUUAAUCUUUUUAUUUUUUUUUGUACAGCAAGGAUGCACUUACUGAGCUUUACUGUUCAGAAGCAGCAGUCAAUUCACAUCUGAUCUCUUGUAUAGCUUAGUGAGUGGGGCAAAUGUGCACAGCCUGUUUCACUUUGGUGCCAUUCUGGACACAUUCAGUUGCCCUGGUGUUGACUUUCCCAGGUGAAUGACAAGGCAGUGAUUUGCUUGCUAUAGAUCAGUUUUACCACUUACCCUGGUGUAACUGAAAUGAAGAGCUUUGUUUCCAAGUUUCCAUGAAACAGAUAAAAAUAACCAAAAAUCAGCAUUAGUAGGUGCAUCUAAUGGUUUUCACUUUGUAUUAAAUGGUUUUUAUGUGUACACUGUGUUAUAUUUGCUUUAAAAUAUAUUAACGUGUUAACAUUUCAGUGACUCUAUGGCUUCUAUAU